AAAUUAUGCAUUAAAUAUUACCACAAAUAGCACCGUAUUGGGAUUGAAAAAGAAAAUUCAAUCAAUGCUUGGCAUUGAUAUCAAGAAGAUAAGCCUUAGUUUUUCUAGUAAGUCAUUAGAAGACCAUAGAACUCUGGAGUCUUACAACAUAAAACAAAAUGAUACUAUACAACCUGCCGAACAUAAUGUAAAAAAUGACGAACUUGCUGAACGUGUUGAAAACGACAAAAAAAUUGAAAAUGAUGAAAAAACCAUUCAAAUUCCUAUGCAACCCAUUCGAAUUUUUGUAUAUUAUCAUAAAAAUUACGCAUUAAAUGCUACCACAAAUGACACCGUUUUGGAAUUGAAAAAGAAAAUUCGAUCAAUGCUUGGCAUUAAUAUCAAAAAGAUAAGCCUUAGUUUUUCUAGUAAACCAUUAGAAGACCAUAGAACUCUGGAAUCUUAUAAUAUAAAACAAAAUGAUACUAUACACGUUUCUCAUAGGAUAAUAGGAGGUUCUUUUGAUUAUUUUGUCCUGACUAAUGAUUAUUUAGACCCUAGAUAUGAUAAUGAUUUUACAAAUCAACGAAAUGGACCGACCCUUAAACGUGGAAAUGAACCAUACAAACCACCUUACGGGUGGAAAAGAAUUGCAAUUAGUAUUAAAAGGUAUGGUGACGAUACAUGGAUUGGAACUAAUAAUAAUAGUUGGCCAGUCUCUUUUCAUGGCACCAGUAAAGAUGCAGCUGAGAAUAUCGCUAAAGAUGGAUUUGAUCUUUUAAAAGGAAAACAUUUUUUGUAUGGAAAAGGAAUUUAUUCAACACCUGAUGUUAAAGAAGCUGAAUGCUAUGCUAAGUUGUUUUCUUAUCAGAAUUGUCAAUAUAAGGUCAUUUUUCAGAAUAGGGUUAAUCCCAAUGACUUAAGAAAGGCGAAUGAUGACAAAUAUUGGAUUACAGCAAAUGAUAAAAAUAUUAGACCAUAUG